AAGGGGGGGGGGGGGAAUUUCAGAGAUCUAAAGAAUUUUGAAUAUAGAUGUAGGCUGCUAGAGCAGAGCCAGCUGUCAGUAUUAGUGGUGGUGGAAACUGUUGGCUAAGAGUUUCUAAUCUGGGCUGAAACAUUAACUGCUUGGGUGACCUCAGGGAAGCCAUUUGCCCUCCCUGUGGGUUUGCUAACUCCCGUGGAUAAAAGUGGGUUUAACAUUUUUCAAAGUCUAACUGGAAACAGGCGGUAUAUCUGAAAUGAGUUUUGCUAGGUAUACAGAAGAACACUAAUUUAUUCUGAGGAAAUAUUUUUAUUAUCUUUGUUCCUCUUUACCAUAUUCAUUGAAAGCCUUAAGUAUUUCAGCUGAUUCUUUUUUAUCCUCACAAGCACAAGAAAUCAAUUUUUCUAGUCAGUAAGGUAUAUCAGAUAUAGGAGGAAGUUGUCUCUGUAUCGGACAAUGAAGUCUUGUUUUUCAAAUAGAGCACUGCUUCAUUUUAUUGAAAAAUCUGCUGAAAGAAAUGGUCACCUACACAAACACGAAGAGUUUGGGCAGUGUUACCGCCAUCAGUCAGGAACAAUGUCAAAUUAAAUCCUUUGCAUUAACCUUGCACUAAUGGUUCUUGCACUGAUUCAGGCAGUUAUUUAAAUACACUUUAAAAAUUUGCCUCUUCUUGGUUAAUGUGCCCCAGCAAUCUGAAAAUGCGAGCUGAACUGACAUCUGCGAAAUAGUUUUACCUUAACUGAAGACUCUCUAUUAAAAAAAAAUACUAAUUGAAAUUAGUAUUAUUUAAGGUUGUGCAGUAUUCCACCAUAUGUCCUAAUAUUCUACAAGCUGUGCUGUUGAGAAAAGCUACCGCCCUUGACUGUCUAUCCCUGAUCCUUCAGAUCUGCCAGUGGAGCUGCCUGAGUGAUUGAGCUGUAACAAGUUCAGUCACUGGAGCCAGGGUUAAGAGAGGCCUUAUUCUUAAUUUGCUAAUUGGAUUCAUUUUGUUUGGAGUGAGUUGGGAGGCUUUAGAGACAAACUUAUGAGGAUUGCCGUAAAUUAGGAUUUGCAGUGUAAAUGUUUGUCCAUAGGUUGCAUCAGUCUUAUUAAAAUGUUAUCUCCUGCUACAGAUCUUCCCUUAGUUCCUUGAGACAGUGAUGAAUUUCAGCACUUCUCCUGUGUUCUGCAGCCUGGUGUAUUGUUAUCCCAGCAGCAUGCUGGAGGGGUUGUUACUGCACAUAGGCACUCAGAUUUCUAGUAUCAAGGGUUGGCUGGAAGAAGCACUAAUGAAGUAUUGCAGCUCUAUGCUGCUCAUGGCCAACAGAUGGAAUUUCAGAAGAGUUCUGUUUUAACCCAGCUGCAUGGAGCAAUAAAGAGACUUAAGCAAGACCUGAAGAGCCUUCAUUCAUUUGCUCUUGAGCUUUCAAAAGGCUUUCAACUUGAAAGCAAGACUUGUCUUUACCAAGUUCUGGCAGCAGUCCAGGGGAUACAGCUGCAGAAUGAAGCAAUGCAAAUGUUUCAGAUAAAAGCUUUUGAUCUUGAGCAGUCGCUACAAGAGGUGACAGAGAAAUAUGAGAAAGAAAAGCAGAAGAGGAAGGUUCUACAUAACAGCUUAAUUGAACUGAGAGGAAAUAUCAGAGUCCACUGCAGGAUUCGACCAUUGCUACCUUUUGAUGAUGGUGCUGGACCUUCACAAGACAGGCAAAUAAACUUUUCAGAAAAAGUGGCAUAUGCAGCUGAUGAUGAAACUGUCCUUGUCAAGUGUAGUCGUCCUGGUCAUGUCUCAGUAAACAAGACUUUUCAGUUUGAGAGAGUUUACAAUGAACUGGAGUCUCAAGAUGCAGUAUUUGCAGAUGUGUCCCCUUUGCUAACAUCUCUCCUGGAUGGGUACAAUGUGUGUAUCAUGGCUUAUGGGCAAACUGGAAGUGGGAAGACAUACACAAUGCUGGGACCACAGUUAGAGGAGAACUUAGCAUUCGCCAUAGAAGAGGAAUCAGAACUUGGAAUUAUUCCUCGAGCUACGCAAGAAGUGUUCAGGCUUAUUUCAGAAAAGCCACCAGGAAGUUGCUGGGUUGAGGUUUCUGUUGUAGAAGUGUAUAAUAAUGAAAUUUUUGAUCUUCUGGCCAAAGACAGUUGUGGAAAACUGUUUGGCAUCAAGCGUGAUGUUGUCACAACCAGAGAAGGGAAGAGUGAUGUGCCAUUGCUGACGCAUGAGACAGUUGAAAAUGCAUCUGAAUUUUUGCAUCUAGUCAACAAAGGCCUACAGCUGAGAGUCACACACCCAACACUGGUGCAUGCUCAUUCCUCUCGUUCUCAUCUGGUAGUGACAUUGACCAUAACCACAGUUGUCUUUGGAGAUAACUUUGGUACUUUAUGGGAAGAUGAACAAACCAGUCAGAGACUAAAUAAAGAGGCUUCCUUCACCUUUCCACAAAAAAUGAAAGACAAUAAAUCCACCUCUUCUUCCAGAGCCUCUUCACCGGUGCAGCUUGAAGCAACUGAGAAAAUGAAGCAAGUCAAAACGAGACUGCAGCUGGUGGACCUGGCUGGGAGCGAGUGUGUCGGUAUGUCUGGAGUGACAGGAGCAGCACUGAGAGAGACUUCCUUCAUUAACCGCAGCCUGUCCGCCCUGGCCGACGUUCUGGGAGCAAUAGCAGAGCAGCGAGCUCACGUCCCAUAUCGGAACAGCAAACUUACACAUCUGCUUCAGGACUCUGUGGGAGGUGAUGCUAAACUGUUGGUGAUGCUGUGCAUCUCUCCUGGCCAAAAGUACUUAACAGAAUCAAUGCAGUCUCUGGGAUUUGGAACUCGUGCUCGGCAAGUUCAGAGAGGACAAGUCAAGAAAAAAAAUUUCCCAGUGCUGAGUAGAGGAAAAUAAAACCUAAGACUCCGGUGGAUUAAAGUAUCAUUAAUGAGUUCCUCAGACUGAAAUGUAUAUUUUUGUCCUUAAGCCAUUCUUUUAGAUAUCAACUGCCAGCUGAAAUAAACAAUCCUCAACAUGGCAUUAAUAAGCAAUAAACCUGCUAAUGAUGUUCUUGCUCCAAAGAUAACAGCAAGUAUUGACGACAGCUACCAUGGUGGAAUGGUAGAGAAAUAAACUGGCUUUAAAGAUG